AUGCAGUUCUCAACCUCCCGGGCGGCCAUACUGGCCCUUGCCCUCCAAGCGGCACCGGCUCUCGCGACGUACUGGACCGCGUCCCAAUACUACAUCCUGGACAUGACCACGUCUCGCUACGGUAGUGAGGACCAGUACGCCAUCACAUACUCCACGACGCUCACCGUGAAGCCCGGCGUCACACCCACGGGCGGCUCCACCAUCUCGACUAGCACCUACAUCCAGACGUACAAUGAUCUCAAGAUCGUCUCCGUCUAUCUCGCCCCCGGGGCCGUGCCCUCGAGCGACAUUCAGUACACUCGGCCCCCGUACACGAGAGACAACAUCAACACCGUCUACGUGCAGCCCAUUGCCUACACUGCGCCCUCAUCCUGCCCUACACCCUUCACCGUCAGCACCCAGACGGUGCUCCAGAUCCCGACGCAGGUCACGGACCAAAUUACAGCUAUCUCGCGGGCUACGUCGACUCCCACAAGGGUCGGUGGGUACACAUACGUCACGGCGUACCUUCCUCCCAGCGCCAUCACGACGGUGGUGCCCCAAACCACAGACUUUGUCUACAGCUAUUACGUUCGCAGCUGCCGCAACCCGACGGCCACUGGGAAGGCGUAUUUCGGUCCCAACAGCGGUGGCGGCAACAGCGGGGGGAGCGGGAACAGCGGAGGCAGUGGCAGCGACGACCUGGACCGAUGGGGCGUCUGUUCAGCCCUCACGGGUUGCACGACGCUCAAGGUCUGGAUCAUCGUCGUCGCCACCAUCAUCCCGAGCUUGUUCCUCUUCGGCUUCCUCGAGAACUGGAUCUGGUUCCGCCGCCUCAUGGUGGGCAAGAGCGCUCUUCGCUUCGGCACAGUCUGCUGGGUUCUCAUUUCGCUAUGGGUCCUCUGCUUCACCCGCAAGCAGGCUGCUAGGACCCCCGAGGAUCAGGCUCGUCUGAAGGCGCAGUGGAAGGCCCUUGGCGCAGGCACAAAGUGGAAACUCUGGUGGAAAUGGGGCUUCCGACAUGCGUAUCCCGUCGAGCUUCUCGGAGACCCCGCCGUGCCUGGAGCAGUCGGCAUGAUGCCCGACAUGUCCCAGCAGCAGCCGGGGCCAUACACGCGCCCGCCGCCACCGUUCGAUCCAAAGGAUCCUGCCUCCGCCACCGUGCAGUCGUAUCCGGCACAGGGCCAGCAGCAGCCGGUGUAUUACCACGUCCAGCAGCCUGACGGAACAUGGACGUAUCAAGUACAAUAUCCCGCGCCUGCACCACCCGGCGCUGUUUACCAAGGACAACAGCCGCCGCUUCAGCAACAAACCCCGCCGAUCUACUACCAGCCAUCGACAGCAAGCGACGUGCGCAGCCCCUCGACGUUGACGCCCCAGCCCCCGUCCGAGGCAUAUGGCACGCCGGUUACCGCACCGCAGGAGCUCUACUCGCCGCAGAGCCCGCCCCCUCAGACCGCGAGCCCGAACACAGUGCAGGGAUCGUCACCACCACAGGGGACGCAGGCAGAAGGGCAGAACCCACAGAACCCGCCUGCGGCGCACGACGGCUCCAAGGGUCAGGGACAACCUCCGGCGUCUGGAUGA